AUGAGAAGGAGCAGGAGAGGAAUACAGGUAGAGAGCGCCUUGGGAGUUGAAAGGUGUGCAUUCAAGGAAGCUAAAUACAUAGUAUUUUUCUGUGUUUUUUGCUACAAGUUUGGGGUGGUUAGUCGCCCAACACAUAUUAUUAGGGCAGUACACAAAACAUUAUUUAACAUGCAUUUUCUGAGAAUGCUUGCUUAUGCAAUCAUCUGUACUCCCACAGCUUGCGCCAAUGAGAAUAAUAAUAUCAAGAUGGCAGGAUUAUCAAUAAAAGACGGGGACCAACACUGGGACGAAAACGCUGCAAAGUACUUGCAAGAUUUAAUUUCAAAGCAUGGAGCUAAAGUUGAGCAAGAAAGAGAAUUAUUUAGGCAAGAAUGCGUCAACUCGCAAAUAGUCAAAGAGUCAGAGCGUGAUGAAUCCAGAUUAUGGCACGUAGGAGAAGCAGCUGUGGAAAAGUUCGACGAAACGAUUUCUGCAGUAGUGAUGGGGAAGCUUAGAGAAAUUUGGCCAAAAUCAAUCUCUAUGCGUAAUUGGCAUCUAAGUGACGUAGGAUUGUUUAUUUUGUCAAUAGGUGAUACAGAUAUUUUUGAUGAUCUAUAG